GCAAAAAGAGGGGAGUUGUCUCUCCUCGUCCUCACCCUCCUCUUUUUCUCUGGGAGCCUGACGGUGUGCCUGGAGGAGUUACGGUUUAAGAGAGGGAAUCCAUCCCAUUUCUUUGAACUGCAGAGGGACUCCUGCUCCCCAUCUGACCACGUUUCCUUCAGCCUCUCCCCCCGCAAGGAAACAGGAGGAAAUGAAUAGGGAGGUGAUGGAAGGGAACCCUGCACAGGAGCAGCAGCAUGCCGGCAACGGCUCUCACCUUCCCCCUCCUCCCACCAUGACUCCAGCCAUCCCACCGUACGUCAAGCUGGGUCUGACUAUUGUCUACACCAUCUUCUACUCACUGCUUUUCGCCUUCAUUUAUGCCCAACUGUGGCUGGUCCUGCGGUACCGACACAAGCGUUUCAGCUACCAGACGGCCUUCCUGUUCCUGUGUCUGCUGUGGGCUGCCCUGAGGGCCCUCCUCUUCUCCUUCUACUUCAGAGACUGUGUGACCGCCAACACAUUUGGACCCUUUGCCUUCUGGCUGCUCUACUGCUUCCCAGUUUGCCUCCAGUUCUUUACUCUCAGCCUGAUGAACCUCUACUGUGCUCAGGUUUACUUUAAGGCAAAGUCCAAGUACACACCUGCCCUGCUGAAGUACAGACUGCCUCUGUACCUGGUUUUCCUGGGUGUCAGUCUCAUCUUCUUGGCGGUUAAUCUGGCGUGCGCCCUGCUGGUCAAGAUGACGGCUGCUGACGUCAAAACCAUCGUCCUGGUGAGAGUGACCAUCAAUGACAGCCUGUUUGUCCUCUGCGCCGUCUCGCUGUCCGUCUGCCUCUACAAGGUCGUCAAGAUGUCUUUGGCCAGCGUCUACCUGGAAACAAAGGGCACAUCAGUCUGUCAGGUGACUCUGAUUGGGAUCAUGGUAGUUCUGCUGUACGCAUCCCGAGCUUGUUAUAACCUGGUGGUGCUCGCCCUCACAAACAUCGAGAACAUCAACUCCUUUGACUACGACUGGUACAACGUCUCAGACCAGGCAGAUUUGCGGUCAUCGCUGGGAGACGCCGGCUACAUCGUGUUCGGGGUGAUUCUGUUCGUCUGGGAGCUGCUGCCCACCUCGCUGGUCGUCUUCUUCUUCAGGGUCAGACGGCCGCCUCAAGACCGGAGUACCACGGGAAUACCCAACCACGUUCUCUCCUCUAGAGGAUACUUCUUCGAUAACCCUCGUCGCUAUGACAGCGAUGAUGACCUGGCGUGGAGCAUUCCUCCUCAGAAUGCAUCAGCAAGCCUCUCCUCUGACUGCUACGACUGGGGCAGCCGCCACAGCAGCUUCACGGCGCACAGUCACAGCGACGAGCAGCGCCUCACCACGUCCACCGGAGAGCUGCACCGGUAUCCGUGACCCCCCAGCCAAAACCCGUGCCCCCACUUUCCCCUGUACAACAUCACUCUGCACUUUGACACCCAUCACAGAACAUGUUUGUUGCAGUUCUGAUGUGAACUUUUGUCCCACUCUUUAAGUUUAAUUAUCAAACGAAAUCAACAGUUUUGACCUUUUCAACAAGUUUUAAUAAUUACUGUUUUGUAAGACAACAGGUCACUAAAACUGAACUACCAGACAAACUAAAAUAAUGCGCUAAACUUCUAAGAGUGUACAGACUUGUAAUUCUAAGUAGUAUGUUGUUGAGUAAUGAUGAAUGUUUUUUUUUUUUAGUGUUUUAAUGAACACCCCUCAGGUCGUCAAAAAACAUCCAUCACAGUUUUCUAUUUAAUUAUCUUCAAAAAAUUUUUUUUUUUUAAUCCUUAACUACAACCUUUGAUAAACAACAAUUGUUCUGGAUUAUUUAAAAAGCAAAAGUGUCAAAAUCAAAAGCAACAAGCACUUAUAUUAAUGUCAAAUUAAUUGCGUUAUCAUGACUCCUCAGUCGUGCUUCAGUUCAUUGGGGUAAGCAGGCAGGGUUUAAUGUCCACACAGCUCUAUUUACUCUGCUCAGCAGUCUGUUUGAAUUAGUUUGCUCAGGUUGGGAAUGCAAAAAAAAAAAAAA